AUGAUUGAGAUGGCAGGAAUAAGAGGAAUCAGACCGUCUCUUCCGCUCGAAAAGUUCAACAAGGAGAAGCAUGCAGGUCCGCUCGAUCCGCUCGCGCUCACGCCGCGCGCGACCGCCGGGACCAAUGGAAAGAAGCAGCCCGGGUCAGCACCUUCCGGCUUCAAGAACGGAACCACAGGGGCGAGCGGAACGACGACUGCGGCUAAUGAAGCGGAGAGGAAGGGGAAGCGCGUCCGGGAGGAGACGCCGUCGGGCGCAGCGCCAGAAAAUGCGCGCGAGCCGGUCGCGGGCGCCAAUGGCAAGAGGACCAAGGAAGUGGCGCGGGCAGAAGAGGGCGACUUUGCUGGAGAAGGGCGCGGAAACUGGAAGCCGGAGGAAUGGGGUUUUAUCGUGCGGGAGAACCCAGAAUUCAGCGGAGACGGCGAUGAUGCCAUGUAG